AUGCCAAACAAAGAAACUAGAAACGUACGGUCUUUAAGAAAAAGGGUUAAGAAAGAGUAUACAGAAGAUGAUGAUGAGUAUUAUGAGGAAACCCCGAAAGAAAAGAAGGCAAAGCUCGUCAAAACAUCUAGCAAAAAGGGUGCGCCGAGCAGUUACUCUGGUGAUUCCAAGGAAGUAUUGGGCAAUAAUUCCUUCGAGAAGGCAAUAGCACUAUUUGAAAAGACAGAUCCUGCUUUAUCAGACUUUAUUAAAAGUUGUGACGAUCCAAAUACAUUGAUGGAUGUUAAGAUGAAUGCGUAUCAAACACUUGUUAAAAUAAUAAUAUCACAGCAACUAUCUACAAGUGCAGCACGUUCAAUAAUGACAAAAUUUAUUAAACUUUUUCUUAAAGAAGGCGAGUCAACUGAGCCCGAUCAUCAAUUCAAGGCACAUCCUCAUUUUCCAACACCUGAAAUUGUUAAAGAAACUUCUCCAGAAAGAUUGAGAUCAGCAGGUAUAUCGUUUAGGAAAGCAGGGUAUUUGCUUAUUAUUUCGGAAAAGUUUUCAGAUAAAAAUUAUCUAUUGAAUGAUGAUAAGAAAUUAAAUGAUAUGUCUAAUGAAGAUAUAGCAAGAUUGUUGAUAGAUCUUAAAGGGAUUGGCCCCUGGGCUGUAGACAUUUUUCUCUUGCUAUAUAUGAAGAGAUCGGAUAUUUUUCCUAUUAGUGAUGCAGGCAUUAGAAAAGGAUUAAGUAUGCUUAUACAAAAUACACUGGGUAAGAAAGGAAAGAAGUUAAACUAUUUAUCCAUAGAAGAAAUGGAAAAAUAUUCUGAAAAUUGGAAACCUUACCGAAGUGUUGCAUCUUGGUAUUUAAUGAAGGUGUCAUCGCCAGAGCGGGUAAAAGGCUAUCUUAAGAUUAGAGAAUAG